AUGAUCUUUGGUGAUUUAGUAUGCUGCGUGCAUUUUGUGGUGCUGUUGCAGAGCUGCAUUGGCGCACUGGUUGCGCCUCCACCGGUCGGUCGCGUUCCGCUUGCUGCCACCACCAACGGAACCGCCAUCGUUGUGGGUGGUCCAGCAACGGCCCUACUCGUCCGACAACCGCCAGCGUCUGCCGGAAGUCCACCGGCGAAUCGUAGCGGUCGCUACACGGAGUCCUUGCCCGGAGAGCUGAACGAGUACUGCAGGACAUCGCAGGACUGCCGGCAGCAUGCCCAUGUUUGCGACACUCGCAAGCAAACCUGCAGCUGUGCCGAGGGUUACCGGCCGGACGAGGCCACCCGGUCCUGUCUCGGGGCUGUUGGACGCCGGUGUUUGUACGAUAGUCACUGCAUCACGAACGCUUAUUGCAAGGGACAAAUGAUCUGUACGUGCAAGCGUGAGUACGGAUUCCUCACCGAUGAUAACUGGUCAUGUCAAGCCUCAUCUGCGAAGGCAUCCCUCUGGAUCGAC